AAGGGGUGGAUAGAUGGCAAUCAAAACACGGUUCUCUCCCCCUUCACCUUAAUUAAAAGUCUCUCGGAUCAUCAUCUUUGUUCAAUCAAAGCUUGGAUACUAGAUUUUUGAAAACACACUUUUGUUGGUGUAAACUGCAGAGCUAGAAACAUGGGAAUUACGUCGGAAAUGAGGGAUGUUUGGGUACAGAGAAGAACAGAUUCCUUCCUAAUUCCUUCUCCCGCUGAAGACGAGAAGAAAUUGAGGGCCGACCACUACUCUCAAGAGGGAAUUCGUGCCGGUAUCAAGGCUGCUGCCAUUGCCGCCGUUGUUAGCGCUGUGCCUACAUUGAUUGCAGUUCGGAAGGUUCCUUGGGCGAAGGCAAACCUCAACCAUACUGCUCAAGCUCUUAUCAUAAGUGGAGGUAUGUUUGAAAUCUAUACUCAAGAUUUAUCAGUCUUAACUUGUGAAAGGCAUGAUUUCUAUAUAUUAAUCAGCUAA